UCGAAGCAGAGGUCAUAGAACUCAGAGAGAACAAGCUUCAAGAGGAUGACACUGUCCAGAAACUAAAAGAAGAGAUGAAACAGUUCAGGGAGGAGAGCAGAGCAUCUAUUGUUAAUUUAGAAAGCAGAAUGGACAAACUGAGUCAGACAAAUGAUGACCUCAGAGACCAUCUGAGCACAACAAGAAAGGAGCUAGAACAAAGAGAGAGGUACAUUGACCCCCUCAACCAGGAGCUGGUCAAUAUGUCCUCUGCAUCUAGAGAACAUGUCCACCAGCCUGGUACAACACAAGCAGAACAUGAGACCAGCAUGGCCUCCACCACACAGCCUGAUGACACUGCACCAGCCUCCCAGUCUGCUCCAGCCCAGGUCAACCUACCAGCCUCCCAGUCUGCUCCAGCCCAGAUCAACCUCCCAGUCUGCUCCAGCCCAGAUCAACCUCCCAGUCUGCUCCAGCCCAGGUCAGCCGACCAGCCUCCCAGUCUGCUCCAGCCCAGGUCAACCUACCAACCUCCCAGUCUGCUCCAGCCCAGAUCAACCUCCCAGUCUGCUCCAGCCCAGAUCAACCUCCCAGGCUGCUCCAGCCCAGGUCAACCUCCCAGUCUGCUCCAGCCCAGGUCAACCUACCAGCCUCCCAGUCUGCUCCAGCCCAGGUCAACCUACCAGCCUCCCAGUCUGCUCCAGCCCAGAUCAACCUCCCAGUCUGCUCCAGCCCAGAUCAACCUCCCAGUCUGCUCCAGCCCAGGUCAACCUACCAGCCUCCCAGUCUGCUCCAGCCCAGAUCAACCUCCCAGUCUGCUCCAGCCCAGAUCAACCUCCCAGUCUGCUCCAGCCCAGGUCAGCCGACCAGCCUCCCAGUCUGCUCCAGCCCAGGUCAACCUACCAGCCUCCCAGUCUGCUCUAGCCCAGGUCAACCUCCCAGUCUGCUCCAGCCCAGAUCAACCUCCCAGUCUUCUCCAGCCCAGAUCAACCUCCCAGUCUGCUCCAGCCCAGAUCAACCUCCCAGUCUGCUCCAGCCCAGGUCAGCCGACCAGCCUCCCAGUCUGCUCCAGCCCAGGUCAACCUACCAGCCUCCCAGUCUGCUCUAGCCCAGGUCAACCUCCCAGUCUGCUCCAGCCCAGAUCAACCUCCCAGUCUUCUCCAGCCCAGAUCAACCUCCCAGUCUGCUCCAGCCCAGAUCAACCUCCCAGUCUGCUCCAGCCCAGGUCAGCCGACCAGCCUCCCAGUCUGCUCCAGCCCAGGUCAACCUACCAGCCUCCCAGUCUGCUCUAGCCCAGGUCAACCUCCCAGUCUGCUCCAGCCCAGAUCAACCUCCCAGUCUUCUCCAGCCCAGAUCAACCUCCCAGUCUGCUCCAGCCCAGAUCAACCUCCCAGUCUUCUCCAGCCCAGGUCAACCUACCAGCCUCCCAGUCUGCUCCAGCCCAGGUCAACCUACCAACCUCCCAGUCUGCUCCAGCCCAGAUCAACCUCCCAGUCUGCUCCAGCCCAGAUCAACCUCCCAGGCUGCUCCAGCCCAGGUCAACCUCCCAGUCUGCUCCAGCCCAGGUCAACCUACCAGCCUCCCAGUCUGCUCCAGCCCAGAUCAACCUCCCAGGCUGCUCCAGCCCAGAUCAACCUCCCAGGCUGCUCCAGCCCAGAUCAACCUCCCAGUCUUCUCCAGCCCAGAUCAACCUCCCAGGCUGCUCCAGCCCAGAUCAACCUCCCAGUCUGCUCCAGCCUCCCAGUCUGCUCCACCCAGACAGUCACCCACAACUGCAAUCCUUAUCGAUUUAAAUGGGAAGUUCUUGGUCCAGGAAAGAUUAUUCCCUAGACACCAGGUGUAUAUGUUCCGGUGUCCUACAACUGACAGUGCAAUGCAGCUACUCAGUCAGACCAGGAUUGACACCCCCGACAACAUCAUCAUCCACACUGGUGAAAAUGUAUCUGGGGCAGUGAGAAGAGUGGCAGAACGAGCACAGGCUAUGUUCCCAACAACCAAUAUAGUUGUGUCCACCCUCCUACCAAGAAAAGACUUUCCAGGAAAGUUGAUCGAAAAAAAUAAAUCAACAGAUCACUGUGGACUGUGCCUCACUGCUCAACAUCAGAACGGCUCACCACCCCACUCUGACAUG